CAAAUCUGUUCUGAUUCUUCUCGGUUUUGGUGCGCCCCUCAGAGCUCCGCGCGGUCUGCGAAGCGCGACGUGCGCGUUUCGCGGCGCUCUGGCCAUGGCGUCGUCCCGCCGUCAGCGGCGGUGCGCUGAACUGGGUCCAUGGCUUUCGAGAUCCCAGUCCUGUCGCGGGACAGGGUUGGAAGUGAUCCAAGACAGGUCUUCUCCGGAGAGAUAUAUGAUCCGAAACAGAUCACCCUGCUUCUCGCCGAAGUCCUUCCAAGAGGACAUGCAGCGGUUCGGAAGGUCUUGGAGACGAUGGUGGCCUUUCGCUUGGAAGUCAACGUGAUCCAUGAGAAUGUUGGCAUCAACGCAUGUGUGCGGAGUCGCGCCUGGCAAGGAGCAGUGCAUCAGCUGACGCGCAUGGUUAGCCAUGCGGUGUCUCCUAGUUUGGUGAGCUACAACACAGUCAUAAACAGUUUUCAUAGUGGUGAAUCGACAUGGCCUCGUGCGAUGUGCUUGCUGCAGCAGCUCCAGGCUUCUCGCUUCGCUCCGAAGACCAGCACCUAUAAUGCGCUGAUGGCAUCUGUGAGCUCUGGAGCUCGGACCGGGACCUCUGGGACCGGGACCUGCGCAGCUCGUGGCGCUUCUUGCGCCUCAGCUCGCGCUGCAAGCGACUGGGAAGUGGCUUGGAGGCUCCUGGGUGAGAUGAAGUUGGUGAUGAUCCGGCAAGAUGUGAAGACUUGGAGCUCUGGAAGCUCACAUGGAAGUUGGAGUUUGGGUUUGAGAGAAGUUCUUGGGAUGCAACGAUGCGGCCUCAAGCUACCUGUUGACCAAAUCCUGCGGUGGUCCAAACUGGAUGUGGUGAAUUUCGGCAUGCUCGUGCGCGAGUGCGGUGAUGCCAUGAAAUGGCGCAUUGGAAGCAACUUAUUCAGCGUGAUGCAGGCUUGGAGUGUGCAGCCAAAUGCGAGGGUAUAUGGUGCCUUCAUCAAUUCGUUCGGAGCUUCAAACUGGCAGUUAUCAGUCUCCAGCUUGGAAUCAAUGGCCAGACGUGGUAUACUACGCGAUAAACUUUGUUUCGAUGCUUGCUCCAGAGCAUGCAAAUCAGCAGGAUCGUGGACACUGGCCUUGCAAAUGCAAGACAUGGCACAGCUUCGAACGGAUGGGGUCAGGUCUCCCACGUUUCUUGAGACUCCUGAUCAGUGGCAAGCUGCUCUUAUCACACUGCGCGCUGCACGAUGUGCGGGUUUUCAGGUUGACAUCCCUUUGUUGAGCGCAGCAGCCAGUGCUUGUGAAGCCAAAUGGGCAGAAGCUGCAAGGCUUUUGACAGUUUCUUGCUCAGCAAGUAUCAAGUCAAAUGAGGGUCUCCACAAUAUUGUGCUCAGCUCGGCCAUGAAACGCCGCAAUUGGGAAGUCGCGGUGGGCACUGCCGUCGCAAUGGAACAGCUUCGGCUUCCUUUGGACAUGUUCGGCCUCAGCGGACUAAUAGGGGAAUAUGACUGGGAGCUUUCGAUGCAUUUCUUGGCAUACUCAACACUUUCUGACAUGUCAGAUGUUUGUCACAACGCGGCCAUCAGUGCCUGUGAAAACAUGGGACGCAAUUCUAAGGGCUGGCAACUAGCGGCAUGUUUGCUACUUUCUUUAUUUUGCAUUCGUUUGGGCAACAUAGCAACCUCCAUCAGUUUCAAUGCUGCAAUCAGCGCAAGUGCAGCAUCACGGAAAUGGCAAAUGGCAAUGCAGGAGUUUCGGAGCAUGACUGAGAUGCACAUGAACCAAGAUGAUGUCUCGUUCAAUGCCCUCAUUUCUUCUUUAGAGAAGACUGGAAAAUGGGAGUUGGCACUGGCCUUGUUAAGGAGGAUGGGGCAAUUGCACCUUCCGCCAGACGAGUUUAGCUACAAUGCUGCCAUAAAUGUAUGCAAGUAUGGUGUUAGAAGAGCAAGUGCAACGAGACUGAGGCCGGCACAAAAUUGAGUGCCAAGCGGCGAGAGAAGAGGGAAGGAGAGAGGGAGAGAGCAAAAAACAGCGAACAACAAGAGAGAAGUCAAGUUCUUGCGUUCCACCAACAUGAUGGUUGCUGUGUGAAUGUCACUAUGCGUGAUGCUCGAAAUCCGAC